AUGGUCGGGUUUAGCGUCAAACCGAAAGCAGCCGCCUCUGCUGCACUGCUGCUUCUGCUCAGCACCUCGUUUGCAGCUGCGCAGUCGAUUACCACAGCCAUCACCGUCAAUGGCAGUCCGACGACCACCGUAGUCGCACCUUCGCCUACGGGUCGAGGCUUCUGCGAGUUUUACAUCGACCACUGGGACUGCGACGCUUCGCGUCCUGAAGCGACGGGCUCCCCCACGGCUACGGACACGGCGCCGAGCAUCGAGCCGUCGCCCGUGGGACAGAACUGCCACCUUCACGUCGACCACUGGCACUGUGAGGGUCCUACUGCCACUGCAGAUGCAGCGGCGGCCGAGCCCAGUCCGACGGGGCUUGGUGAGUGCCAUCAGCACGGCGACCACUGGCACUGCGAAGACGAGUCUGAAGACGAACAUGCUGGCCACGACCACUCGGGCCACUCGCACGGCGGCCACUCGCACGCAGGACACAACCACGCCGGCCACUCGCACGGCCCGGACGAAAUCUACGGCUGCGGCCUGGCGCCACUCAAGGACUACGACUUGCCCCUGCACAUCGGCGCGCUGUUCAUCCUGCUCGCAUCGUCCGGUCUGGGAGCGUACCUGCCCAUCCUGCUGUACUCGCGCGGAAGCAAGCAGAGCCGAAGCUGGGCCGACGAGGUCUUCUUCAUCUGCCGCCACUUCGGAACGGGUGUGCUGAUCAGCACGGCGUUCGUGCACCUGCUGAGCCACGCGAUGCUGUACUGGUCCAACGAGUGCGUGGGCGAACUCAAGUACGAGGCACCCGCAACGGCGAUCGCCAUGGGUGCAGUCUGGCUCGUGUUCCUGGUCGACUUCUUCCUGUUGCGAGCGCUGAGGAAGCGCACUGGUUCCGGAGCAGUGUGCAGCCACGACGGCGGCGAGCAGUACUACCAACAGCAGCAGACCCAAGGUACCAACGCGGCCAAGCGCGAAUCCAACUCGACCUUGGACCGCACCAACUCUCCCGAAGCAACCGAGGAGGCAGCCACGGGUGGAGCGUACGGCGGGCUCACCUUCGCACAGGCCAAAGUGGCCGAGUGGGACGUGUUCGCCAUCGAAGCUGGUAUCAUCUUCCACUCGAUCCUGAUCGGCGUCACGCUCGGAGUCGCCACGGGCUCUGGCUUCGUCGCACUCCUGAUCGCCAUCACGUUCCACCAGCUGUUUGAAGGCCUGGCUCUGGGCUCGCGUCUCUCGCUGCUCGUCUGGAAGAGCACGGUGUACAAAGUGACCAUGGCGAUGGCGUUCGUGCUGACGACUCCGCUGGGUGUUGCGAUCGGUAUCGGUGUGAGGAAGCGCUUCAACGGUAAUGGCGCGGGUACGUUGAUCACGCUGGGAACAUUCCAUGCGCUGAGUGCCGGUAUCCUGCUGUACACAGCGCUGGUGGAGCUGCUGAGUGGAGACUUUAUUCACAACAAGCAGAUGCAGCGUAGCUCGCUGGGCAGGUGCUUUUCCGCCGUGGUGGCGCUUACGUUGGGUAUCAUUGCCAUGUCGGUGCUCGCGCUGUGGGCGUAA